AUGCUCCCGGGGGUGUCCCCGGCCGCGGUGCUAUCCCGGGGGCAGUCCGAGGGCGUGGGACACCCGCCCCCCGGGCGCUCCCGGUGCCGCCCCGCCGGGGGCAGCUCCUCCCCGCAGGCGGCGUUUCCCUCCGGGCGGGCGGAGGCGGCGCCGGGCCCCGACGGCGGGCGGUUUAGCCCCAUGGCGCUGGCGGCGGCCCGAGCGCGGGUGCUGCGGGCCCUCAUAAAUUGCUUGGAUCGGCACGUCGAAAAGUCUCCAGACAGAGUGGCUUUGAUUUGGGAGAGAGAUGAGCCUGGCACUGCAGUGUAUGUCACCUACAGGGAACUUCUGGAUCUGACUUGCCGUCUUGCCAACACCCUGAAGAAGUAUGGGAUACAGAAAGGGGACAAGGUGGCCAUCUACAUGUCCGUGUCUCCCUUGUCGGUGGCGGCCAUGCUGGCCUGCGCCAGGAUUGGUGCCGUUCACACUGUGAUCUUCGCUGGAUUCAGUGCCGAGUCCUUGGCUGGGAGGAUCAAUGACUCUGGAUGCAAAGCAGUUAUCACCUACAACCAGGGGGUCAGGGGAGGCCGAAUCAUCGAGCUGAAGACAACUGUGGAUGAAGCUGUGAAGAGCUGUCCAAGCAUCAAACACGUCUUUGUGGCUCAGAGGACAGAUAACGAAGUCCAGAUGGGUGACCGUGAUGUUUCCCUUGAGGAGGAGAUGGCCAAGGCAGCUUCUGUGUGCGCUCCAGAAAGCAUGGACAGCGAGGACGUGCUUUUCAUGCUCUACACCUCGGGCAGCACUGGGAAGCCCAAAGGAAUCGUUCACACCCAGGCUGGGUACCUGCUGUACGCCGCUGUCACGCACAAGUAUGUAUUUGACUACCAGCAAGGCGACGUUUUUGGCUGCGUGGCUGACAUCGGCUGGAUCACGGGACAUAGCUACGUUGUGUACGGACCGCUCUGCAACGGAGCCACCUCCGUCCUCUUCGAAAGCACUCCGGUGUACCCUGACCCAGGUCGUUACUGGGAAGUGGUACAAAGGUUGAAAAUUAAUCAGUUUUAUGGAGCACCUACGGCUAUCCGCUUGCUGCUGAAUUAUGGAGAAGAGUGGGUGAAGAAAUACGACAGAUCAUCCUUGAAGACCUUGGGGUCAGUGGGAGAGCCCAUCAACCACGAAGCCUGGCAGUGGUUCUACAACGUGGUGGGAGAAGGGCGCUGCACCCUCGUGGACACGUGGUGGCAGACAGAGACUGGUGGCAUCUGCAUUGCCCCACGGCCUUCCGAGGAGAAAGCUGAGAUCGUUCCGGCUAUGGCUAUGAGACCUUUCUUUGGGAUUGUGCCCGUGCUGAUGGAUGAUAAUGGGAAGGUAAUAGAGGGCAACGAUGUGUCCGGUGCGCUCUGCAUUGCCCAGCCCUGGCCUGGCAUGGCGAGAACAAUCUAUGGAGAUCACCAACGGUUUGUCGACGCCUAUUUCAAAGCCUACCCAGGUUACUACUUCACGGGGGAUGGUGCUUACAGGACCAAGGAAGGCUAUUACCAGAUAACAGGGCGCAUGGAUGAUGUCAUUAACAUCAGCGGACACAGGCUCGGGACAGCAGAGAUAGAAGACGCGAUGGCUGAUCACCCUGAGGUCCCCGAGACCGCCGUGAUUGGGUACCCCCACAAGAUCAAAGGAGAAGGUGCCUUUGCUUUCGUAGUGCUAAAGGAGCAGACAGCUCAUAUAGACCGUGUCAAAGAAGAGCUCAAAACUAUAGUGGCUUCCAAGAUAGCAAAAUAUGCUGUGCCUGACCACAUUCUGGUGGUGAAACGUCUGCCUAAAACCCGAUCGGGGAAGAUCAUGAGAAGGCUGCUGAGGAAAGUAGUCACUGAAGAAGGAAGCAACAUGGGAGAUGUCACCACACUGGAUGAUCCAAGUGUUGUCAAGGAGAUACUGGAUGCUUACCAAAAGUACAAGGAGAAGAGUUCCUCCUAACAGGCAGCUCUGGAAUCUCUCUCCUCUGGAAAUGUGGAAGGUCUCAAAUAGUCAGGCAAACGCCACAGUUCUCUCUCUUCUCCCCUUCUAGGGGAACAAGAUUUUUCUGCUCCACAGCGUAUUUUGAGAUGCACAGAGCUAGAAGCAAUCUGCAGUUUUGCACAGUCCGUGAGCUCCCUCUCAUUGCUUCUAGGGCUGGUGUAGAGCAGCAGUCGGUGGUUUCCACUAGCUGUGAUGAAAUUGAAUAGUAGCUCAAGCAAGAUGCAGACGUCAAUGUUUCUCAUUUUAAGGCUACUGUACAGGGAAAUGUUUUUAUACAAUACUUUUGCUCUUUCAAAAGAAGCCCUGGAAUACACUUUUUCAAUUUUCCCUUCAGCUUGGAUAUCCAAGUUCAAGUCGCUGUACUUCACUGCAGCUCUGGUGCCUUUUCAGCAAUGCUGGGUAAUCUCGUAGAUGUUUCACAUGCGUUAUUAGUAAAAUGAGAAGGACAUGGCUAGUCCGAUAAUUCUUUCUUGGGUUCACCCAGUUGUUCUAAUACCUCCUUCAGCUUUCCUCCUAAGGCUUUGUUCCUACCACUAUGUGUUAUGGAACUUGCCAGAGGUGGUGAACCUGUGUCCUUUCAUGUCCCACCUAAGCAACCCAACACUAGCACUUCCAGGCACAAAACUGAGCCACAGAACCUACCGCUGGGCUUCCUACACGUCCUCAACGUGUUGCCAGUUGUGUAAGAGGGACCUGGUCCCAUGUGUUUUUAUUCUGCCUUGAGAAACUGAGAUCACCAACUGGGUUUUUAAAGUAGCUGUCCUCUUCCUCAUUGGUGAUGACACCUGGGUCAGCGCUGUCCAUUGUGAUUCACUUCUGCAUAUUAACAACAGUGGUCUACAAGUGAUACAUCUUUGUUGCCAGGUGGUGAUUUGUGUAAGUGCCUUUGUUUCUUGAAGUCGUUAUGAAAAGGGAUGAUGUCUGUCCGAGAACCAUUUGGAAACAAAAUCCUCAAGUGCUCAAGAGAGGUUUUGAAGCCGAGAGAGAGAGAGGUGCUGGAGGGUUCAUUGUGACUUGCCGGGCUGUGUUAUUUCUGACCAAGGAGUGGUGAUUUUAGCCCACUCCCAAAUGGCCUGCAAUCUUGCUUGCUCCAAGGAAGACAAGCACCCAGUUUGGAGAAAGGGUGGUCCUCCUGUCAGAAAUUAUGACUUAAUCCUUCUCAUUUGAAGUUGGGCCCUACCACGUCUGCCCCUUCCACAUGCUGCCAUGCUGAUCUUCCAAAGAGUUAAAUGACAGGUGGGUGCCCGCAAAUUGCACAGUCUACAAAGAAGAAAGUGCCUCUUAGAUGUCUUCUGGAAAGCGAUGGUAGCAUUCCAGACCAGCAACCUCAGAAGAGCAGGGAACAAUAGCCCUUGUCUUUCAUACGCUUUCAAAAUUGCAACUAAUAUAUUCAGCGUUUUAGUUCUGAACUUGUUUUAUCUAUAACACGUUUUGAUUGAAGCACUCCUUCAUUUUGGGCUGUUCAGAAGAAUUUGCUAGUAAGUCUCCUGUCCUCCACUGUGCCGCUGAAGGGCACGGAGAAGCCUGUAGGUGCCGAAUGCCUUGGAGAGUUCUGCCACUGCUAAAUUUGGUUUAAGUUGGCUGAGGGGUUCUGAGUGGUUGGAGGGACCAGAGAGCUUGCCAGGAAGGCAUGGUAGAGGAUUCCUCCCCUCUCCUUGGGUGCAAAAGCUCAAGGUAUACGCCAGUGUAGCGUGCACAGUGCUCAUCCUGGGAGUGUGUGCCACAAGGGCUCAGGCAGAGCUGCUCCAUCUUAAUGGGGUCACUCCAUCAAACCUUGCGGUCCUGCCUCUGUCUUUUUCAGAUGACAGAUGUUCUUUGGCCAGCAGAGAUUCUGGUACCAAAUGGGCCAGCAGGCUACCCAUGGUGAAAUGUGUUCUCAAAGACAGGCAUGUUGUCUUAAAUCCCAGAGUUCCUCUGAGUACACUAGCUGCAUUUGCUGUUGUUUGGGGUUGUUUUUUUUUUAAAGUUUAUUUUAAACAUCUCUAGGACUGGGUAAUACAGUGGGGAAUAUCAUGCUUCGUUAAAAUUUCCGUUCUUCUGACUGCAAUCCAUUUUUGCUUAAGUAGAUACCCUCUGGACUUUGUGCGAAGUCAAAGAUCAGAAGGUUUGACAGAGUUGAUGGGAUGUUAAUGUUUUAGGAGAUGGCUACUACAUAUAUCUUCUAUUGCCAUUACAAAGGAAAAAAAAAAACAAACACUUCCUUAAGUGAUUUUCAAGUGGGAAGCAGCCAGUAGUUAAUGCUUUUCACAGAAAACAUAGAUUCCCUUCUUUAAAUAAGUUGUCUCCACACAGUCCAAGAUACAGUGUGGAGAAAGAAGAAUGACUUUUUAACUUUCCAUUUAGUCAAGAAAGCAUUUUUUUUUAUAUUAGGGGUAUAGAAUUUCCUUGUCCCGUUGACCUGAAGUUUCUGUGCCAAAGUGUGUCCCGGUGGUCCCAGACACAUGGUCUAAUUCGUCUGAACUGUCUCACAGAGACUAGCUGUGUGAGGAGCUGUGUGCAUGGAGAUGUUUGUCAUGCUGUUCCUUUGCUUGGGGAAAAUGAGAGAUAGGUGCCUUCCCUCUCCUGCAUCCCUGUCAUCUUGACUUGCAUGGGUUUAAGGACCACAGCUGCUGUGGAGGUUACAGGUACACCAGCUAACACCAGGUAGCUGCAGCACCUCAAUAGAUGGAGUCACAGCCACGCCAGCUGUGCUGUGGAGAGACUGUAGUUACAAACAAGCCUCAUACUGUGAAAUUCUGAAGCCUUACAAGCACCUUUGCUAAAACCACAUCACCGGCACGUGCCAAGGUUUGAGUGCCACACACCUUCUGUCCGGUACCGCAGUGGGCCGCUCUGUUUCUUCCGAGUGCAUUUCCACACCUGAGCUGUGGUCCUUGGGGUGUCCAUCUGCUCGGAGGGCCCCCCGGGGUGUUCACAGAGAGGAACUGUUGUGCUGCCCACGGGGUGUUCUGCAGUGGACAUGCCUCAGCCACCACCUCUCCUGGUAAAACCGCAAGCAUAGCAGCAUCAGCUCCUGGAGCUGACGCCCCGUGCUGAGUUCAUCUCCUACCACCCGGAGAAACGGAGCUAGGCAGGGCUUGGAAGUGGUACUUCUUACAAAGAGAAUAUCAUGCUUUACUGGGUAGGCUCCCAAACAGCUGAAAUCUUCCAGCCAGAGAAGUCCCCCUUCCUUCUUUUCCUCCCUGAUCACUGCUGGCUGCAGCGGUUGUACCUGCAGGGCCAGCCCUAUAGUCGAGCUUUGCAUUUUCAUUGAGAAAAGACAUCACAUCUCUGGAUGUCUCAUGACCAUCAGUCCUGGUGCAAGGCAACAGUGCUUUCUGCUUCCCAUGCAGCAAUUUCAUUUGUUUUUCACUGUGGGGUUCAGCAGGACUGGCACUGAUGUCUUCAGUUCCUGAAAUGCCAGGAAGGAGGCAGCUUCCAAAAGACCCUGGGCCUGGAGGAUUUUCACUAAUCGGUGAAGAAAGUGAAUGGAAUACUUUACAGUGGGAUCUUGGGACAAACUUGGCUACAAUUGCUUCGUUUAGAAAAGCAGAACUGCUGAAUUCUUCUAAACCUUUGUAUGUCUCUGAGUGACGUGGGGGUUGUUUGCCAGAUUGCCUUUGUAGCUUCAUCAAAAGAGAUCCAGAGUCAAUUUUGCCGGUUGCAGUUUGUACUUGCUUUUUUCCCCCCCCUCAGUUUUGCCAGUGAGACCCAGUCAUGGUGCCUUUUCCCCCACUGGAGACACAGGCCAUGAUCUUCUUAAUUUUGGGAAGGGAAAAGUCCCUCUUUCUAGAGAUGUGGUGCAUAUUGUACAGUCUGAUGUUAAGCUUUUUCACUUUGUAUUCUUGUAGUCAUGCUUUACACACAUUUAUUGUCCUUGACCAAAACCAGUUUUGUUGGUUUUUUUUUUUUUUUCAAUGAUGUCUGUAUUCAUAUUUUCA